AUGACGAGUGGAGGUGCUAAUGGAUUUCCCUGCUGUGGCAAGGGGGCAGUGGACAUCGUGGAGAUACCGAAUGACUUCAACUCCCCACGGCCCCAUCCCCGAUUAGCAGAAGAGGAAGAAGACCUAGAGAUGGAGGAAGAAUUGCUAGAGCAAGAGCCUCGGCCCAGAGCAAAUGUGGAUUCGCACCUGGACUCAGUCCCAGAUCUGGAAGACAACUCAGAUGUAGACAUCCCAGAGAGGGGGCCUGAAGCUAAGUCACACAAUGACCCUUAUUGGGAGAUGAGCUCUCUGGAGUUUGGCUGCGAACACACCAAGCAGCAAUAUUACACAAUAGAGACCCUCCAUCCCUACACAGAGGAGAUACCAAGGACCUUCUCGGGAUGGUCGAUAGGCUCCAACUCCAGCCUCCAGAGUGUCUCAGGGAAAGAACUGACAUGCCCUGAGCAUCGCUCCAUCCGCGUACAGACUUCCAAGCACCUCUUCUGGGCAAAUAAGCUCAUCCAAGCAUCAGAGCACAGCCUGCAACAGGCAAUAAAUAGGCAGUCCAAAGAAAGAGACACAGAGAAGACCCCCAGCCACCCAAAGCAGGAGUCCAACCCCAAGAACACACUGUGCCCUGAGAAUAUGCUCCAGAUCUCCAGGGCCCUGACAUUUCGCCAAGUCACAACCUCCCAGCCAAUAUCAAGCCCUUGUCUGUCAACCUCCAGCCUCCCGCCAUCCAUCGGCCUGGAAGAGCUGAUCAAUUUCGCAUCUUCCUUGGCCGUAGCCUCCAACGACAUGGAGUUGCCCAGUUUAGAACAAAUGAUCAAAGCUCCAUCCUGGAAGUCUGCGGCACCUUCUAAAGAGCCUGUGAAACCUUGUACAGAGCCUGUGCAGCCUCAGAAUCCACCCAAAGCCAAGGAGCCAGAAAAAGUUCCAGAACAGGAAAAACAGAGCUUCCCUUCUUACCUAGACUUCAAACCUGGGAUCAAGAGAGCCACCAUUGAGGGGGAAGUGAAGUUCCUUCCCACACAGGACACCCCCGCCACGCUGCAGGAAUGCAAGGAAGACUCGGUGCCGGGAACCAAGAAAGGGAAUCCAUUAUUCCUGAAAAUCCAUUUUAAGCUGUCAUCCCCUUCCACCCCAGAGAAAUGACUAGACAAAACCAGUAAAACCUCCAGUGCUGAUCCCUC